CACCAUUAUUAACCGUUCCACACUUGCAGACCUUUCCUUUUCUCUUUUCUCUUUUCUCUUCUACUUUCAAACCCUAAUUUCAUUUUUGGAAUCUGCAUUCUUAGAAAGAUAAGCUUUUUACCCUUUCUCGAGACACCCAAUUGGGUGGUGGAGAAAGGCAUGAAAUUGGGAUGGAGGUUGAAAACCCAAGAAUCGGAAAUGGUGAAGAAGGUGGAGACAUCAGGAGGAGCAAAGGCGACGGCGGCGGCGGCACUCUCGGGAGGCUCUAUGGUUGGCCGUCGUCCCGGAUUGUUCGGGUUUCUCGGUCUUCGGGAGGGAAGGACAGGCACAGUAAGGUGUGGACUUCGAAGGGCUUGAGGGACCGCCGCGUUCGCCUCUCCGUCACCACCGCCGUGCAGUUCUACGAUUUGCAGGACCGCCUCGGGUACGACCAGCCCAGCAAGGCGGUGGAGUGGCUGUUGAAGGCGGCGGCUCCGUUUAUCGACGAGCUCCCUUCUUUGAAUGCCUCGUAUCCUGAUACGCUUCAGCUAAGUGAUGGGAGGAAACCCAGGGGUGGGGGCGGAGGAGAUCGGAUGCACAGUAGCCCAUCCAACAACAGCAAAGGCUCCGGCGGGGUUUCUCUUUCCCGGUCGUCGGAGUAUCCUCUCCUGGCCUUGGACGGAACUCGGGCCGGGAAGGAGAAGACCAAAGAGAAUGUGGAGCCCGUGAACUCCAUUUCCCAAAAUUCAAGCUUCACUGAGCUGUUGACUAGUGGGGGGAGUGCCAUCAAAGGCGAUUCAGAGCUCUUCUCAGUUGACUAUGUCACCAGUGGUCUAUUAAACCAUUCCUCUGCCCAUCAAAUCCACACCGGAAACCCUCUGAUGAAUCCUCGGGUUUCUUCCUCCCUGUUUAAUGCCACCGGAGAAAACCAAUUCUCCUUUGUCCAGCAUAACAACCUCAACAAUUACAAUCUGAACUUCAGCAUUUCGACUUCUUCCUCGUCUUCUACUGGCAUUGCUGCUUUUAGGGGGACCCUUCAGUCCAAUUCUUCUUCAUCUUCUUCCUCUCUGUCUAUGUUGCCUCCUCACCUCCAGAGGUUUCACCCCAUUGACGGAACACCAACAGGUUUCUUCGCAGCUGCAGCACCCACUGCUCCACCCGCGGACAACCAUCAUCACUUUCUCCACGGAUUAGAUGCCCGUUUGCAGCUCUACUAUGGCGACCCGCAAUCGGAGCAUAAGCACAAGGGAAAGAACUGAUCAUGUAUGAUUGCCCGUCAGGUCCUUUACAGCUCAUCUUCAUACAUAUGGUGUGAUUGGAUCAAUGCUCCGUCCUCUAGUGAACGCGAGCUUCCCUCGGCUUGCUUACUUUUCAUUAUUAUGCUUCUAUGCUAUUAAUUACAAUGAUUUCUGGAUUCAUGAAGUGACCAUAUUGUAUCUGUUCAUGCUUUGCAUUUCUUGUUGUGUGUUGUUUUCUUGAUUGAUCUUGGAAUAAUGCAUCUUCUCUUUA